ACGCAUGUGUGGUGUCCGCGUCAAAGUCGAAAUGUCAACAGGACGCUCUCGACGUGACCGCUUCCAUUCCCCUCCCAGACGUGGUGGUGGUGGGGGAAGACGGUCGAGGUCACGAUCUCCCAGGCGCUUUGGGGGUGGAGGUCGUGGUGGUGGACGCUCACGCUCUCGCUCUCCUCGCAGGUCCCGUUCCCGCUCUCCAAGUGACCAUGAAUAUGAGGCAAGGCCAGCCCGCCGUGGAUCCCCAAGAUAUGAUGAUUACCGUCGCCGAAGUGAAUCCCCAGCAUUCAAGAGACGCUCACGUUCUCGAUCAUAAGUGGAGGAGCCAAACAAAUGAGAGAUGCCUUGUGUUAUAACUUGGAAAGUGACAAGUUGAUAAUUGAAGGCUGUAGUAUGUCUGCUUCAAAGCUACUCCCUGUUGCACUGUGACAGGAUUAUUGGUUAUUUGUUUCUUUUUAUGCAAUUUCAUUACAAGGAUAUUGCUCUUUAGAUUCAAAGACUUCUUUUCUUGUAUUUUAUUUAUUUUUUAUUUUAUUUUUUUUUUUUUUGCAACAAGGUUACUUGUUUCUCAUUUGUUGAAAUAUUGACUGCAUCAGGAAGCUCAGGCAAGUUAUUUGCCUUUUGAUGCUGAAAAUUUCAUUUCUCAAAUGUUCACAUUUUUCUUCAAUAUGGAAUUGAUAUCCAGAGUUUUUUAAAUGCUUGUGUGAAUGUGAAUGGAAUGAAUGAAUGUUUGUGUAUGUAUGCAAGUCACACCUAUACCUUUCACACAAUUUUCUUUUUAAACUCAUUACUUACAAAAUAACUAGAAAGGUAUAGGAGAUUCCAAUUUAGAUUAAGGAUACCUGAACAAAUAAAGUUUCACAAUUAAAAGUGUUUAUUUAUCAUGGGUGUAAUUUUUGUGCUAAGCAUUAUUUCCUGUCAAUCCUCAAAAUUUUGUCAGAAUUUGAAAACAUGCAUCCAGUUAAGAAGCUAAACUUCAAGAUUGUAAAGAUGUAUUAACAGUAGGAUAUACAACUUUGUAGUUUCACAAGAUCCAUUAUUUUGUAUUAAUCUUAUUAAAAAGGAUAUGAAUA